AUGAACGAGGCGCGGGACGUCGACGGGCGCCGCAUCAACGCCGUGACGCCAUUUCACCCGGGAGGUGAAUCCGGAAUGCUUAAAAACUUGCUGCAAGAGGCGCAGAAUCAGCAGAAGCAACAACACCAACAACUCCAGCAUAGCUACGUGGAUGAUGAUCUCGAAAGGCGAAAACGCGAAAUGCUGGAGAUGUACCAGAGUAAGGUGCUGCAGAAUCAGUUCGCGUCCACCCCACAAAUCAAGCUGAGUUCCGGGGCGAGGAUACAGAUUACAAAGGAUCGGCCACACGAUCUAGCCGCUCCACCAUAUGCAAAUCCGGCAAUGUCACACAGUCAGCCGUGUUUGGCAGCACUGGAUCGAGUGGAUGCUGGCCCAGCUAAAAAACAGCACGCCCCGUUUCAAAGAUGUUCAUCUACAGAGCAUGAAUCCAGCUCCCACCUUCCGAAUCGACAAGUUGGCAACACCCAGAAACUCGUUAAUUCAUUACGAGAGGAAAAUCUGGCUUUAAAGCGACAAAUCGAGGUCUUGAAGUUCAAGACAAGUCGAUUACAAAAACUCGAAGCCGCGCACGAGAAAAUCGCCGGCGAGUACGAGUUUUUGAUGAUGGAAAAGGAGAAGCAGGACAGCUUGGAGCGACAGGCGUUUAAGGCGAUGGAAGUGCAGUUGAACAGACUUUCCCGCGAGCGCGAGAUGAUGGAGAACAAGAUGCAAAUGAUGCAGAAUCCGCAGAUAUUUGCGGAGCAAGAGCAACAGUUGCAGAAGAUGAAUGCAAAGAUUCUGGAGGAGCAGGAGCAGAAUAAAAGGCUGAAAGAGGUUUUGAAUCGGCAAAGCGUCGAGAUGCAGGCGCAGCGGACGACGCUGGCCGAUCAGCGCACGCACAUUAAUGUGCUAGAAACGGCGUUGACGAAUGCACAGGAGAGGAUAGCCAGGAAAGAAAAGAUGCGCGAGGAAUACGAACGACCAGAUAACACGACUUUCCUCGAAGGUCAACUCCACAAAGCAUUGCUGGAAAAAAUGGAACAAGCCGGAAAGUAUGAGGAAGAGCGUGGACGACUCGAACGCGAAAUCGUGCAGCUGAGAAUGCAGUUGACAAAAGACAGCGGCCUAGGUGGUAUCAAAAUCGGCUCGAGCUCCCGGCACAACCCUGAGGAAAAUCCGGAUCGUUUCAAAAAAGUUAUCUCGGAAAAGGACAAACGCAUCCAAACGUUGGAACGAGAAAUCAUGGAAUUCCAAAGGCGACUCCACGAAGAGCAGGAGAAGAAGACGUCGGCAUUAGCAGCUGUUAGUGGCGGUCUCGAAACGAAAAUCAAGCGGUUAGAAGAUGAGAAAAUUGAUAGGGAUCGCCGGAUAGCCGAGUUGACGGAAGAGCGGGAGCGUUUGAACGAGAUUAUCGAGGAUAGAGGGUCCGAAGCGGCGCGGCGGGACCUAAACCGAAUGGAGGAGAUGAGGCAGAAAAUUGAUGAACGACGGCGACGUGGUCGGAACGAGAAUAAUAAUCGAGGCGAGAUUAGCGCAUCAAUCCUCGUUGACCAUUCCCCGGGUGGUUCCCCGUCACUUCGUACCCCGGUAUAUGAGGGUAUCGGCUAUGAUUCUUCUUCUCUUCUUUCACAGAUUUCCAGCUCCAGCCACCUGUCGGGUUCUUCUAAUCAAUUCGUGUCUUCGUUUAAUUCAAAACAAUCCGCCAACCCCUAUCAAAUGCACAACCUCUCACACGAGGACACCAUCCAAGCCGAAAGUGGCCCCGUGUGGAAUGUU